AUGUCGACCUUCCGACGAGCGAGCGCUGCGGCACAGCAAUCGCCGUCGAGUCCGCUGUCGCCAGCAGUGCCAAGCGUUCGAGCUCGCGGGAUCAAACCAUUCACGAAUGACCAAAUCUUGACGUCAAGCGGAUUGCGGGAGCUCGACGCUGUCUUGGGCGGGGGAUACCUGCUCGGGUCCAUGGUUGUUGUCGAGUCUUCCGUGUACGGUUCGUACGGGACUGACCUGGCAAGAUAUUUUGCUGCCGAGGGGCUAGCCAACGAAAAUUUUGUCUACACCGACGCAUCUUUGGCGGCCACGUUACCGUUGGAACUCAGCACUGCUCAAAAACAGCUCAAGGCCGCGUUGGUCGCACAGCCAUCGAACGAGAAUUCCGCGCCACUCACGAUUGCGUGGCAGUAUGAGAAGUAUACCGCUGACAAGCCACAGUUAACGCUCCCCAAAGUGACAGAUACUCGAUUUUGCCACAGCUUUGACUUAUCCAAGCCAAUAGCCGACGCGAUGAAGUCGACUUGGCAAGAAUUGUCGAUAGAUCCAUCAAUGCCGUCGUUGCAAUCGGCCUACCGCAAUGUGUUUUCGGCCAUGCAGCACGCCUUGGAGGUCACGCACACGGGCGCAACCGAUAUCGUUCGCUUUGUCUUGACGGAUCUCGCGGCUCCGUGGCUCAGCGACGACAUGACUUUCAGCCACCGGUGUCAUUUGCACCAGUUCCUGCGCGCGGUGCGUGGCCUGCUCGCUCGCCAUCGCCGCCGCUGCAUAUGUGUGCUGACCGUGGCUGCAUUUGCGCUACCGACCCAUGUCGUUCGAUCGAUCCGUCACUUGGGAGAUUAUGCGUUUGAACUGACGUCAUUUGCCGGUCACAGCGACCAACUCCCCUCUGAACUCGCGGAAUUUAAUGGGCUCUUCUUUGUUCACAAGGUGGCCCACUUCCACUCGAUCACAGGCCACGCCCUCGACAACAUCAAGCUCGGCAUCAAGCGCGAUCGACGGAAACUGAAGCUCGAGCCCUUGCACUUGCCCCCCGAAGGCAGUCGCAGCCAGAAACAACCAGACAAAGCGUCCCAACCCAGUGAUAUGUCGUUCUAAAUAGAGCCAUCGCGUGGCUCCUUCCCAGUUUGAUAGUCGUCUUCGUCGCUGGUGUCGACAUCACCUUCAUCGUCAAAAUCGUCCGAAU